AUGUGCCUUGGUCCAACCAAUAGUACUUUGCAUUUAGACACGGGUUUGGUUGAUUCUCGCGCGGACCUGGGUAUCAAUGGCCAAGAUCGCACUCAAUGGAGGAAGAAAAUGAGUUGCGUGCCUAUCACAACAGAUGGUUAUAUCAGAGCCGUAAGGUCUGAUGCAGAUCAAGAUGGAGAGUUCUCGCCUAUCCCAGCUUUAUCUGUGCCGGAUGCUACAUUGACGUUGAUUUUUGCUACCUUUUUCCUGUCGUACUUGGAACCCAGCGAUGACGCUUGGUUAUCCGCGCACACAGAGGUCGACGUAGAUAUCCUUAUAGCCAGCAAUUCGGACGACACAGUCUUGAAAACCUACAGUCAAGACCAGCAAGUAUCUGUUUUAGCUUGCCGGGAACAGCAGCAGAUCUGUAAUCCUACGAGACAUUCGAAUAAUACAUCCGUUUGCACACCCUUUCGCUCCGUCUCUCACGACUUUACUCGGGACUUGGAAGAUGUUUUGGACAAUGGCCAUCAAUUAAUGAUCGCAAAAACGCUCUUGGACGUCGCCCCUGGAUUAUCUUUCCCUGAUGACAUUGUUCGUUCACCCCUGCUGGCGGAAGACUUGGCCGGACUUCCAUUGUCAGCUCCACUAGCCCCAAAUCAAUGGGUACUGGAAGUGGAACAUUGGUUUACAAUCGGCCUGGCUAACUUGCAACGCCUUAUGCUAGACAUUGUCACGGGCCCUUCUUCCAGUCAGUACUUACAGUUUAUUCCUCAAAAUCAAGCCGACAAUGAUACGGACUUACACUGGAUGUGUGGAAAUCAAAUCAUAAGGCGUAGCGACUAUUCAAAUUUCCGUACUUGUUCGAUCAGUCUGAUCUUCGGUUUUGGACUUCUCAUAUAUGUGGCCAAUCAAAGCUUGGAGACAGUUGUUGGCUGGUUAAGGUUCAAGUGGAGGGCUGGGAGGUCGAGGCAGCGAGCGUGGUGGGCUGAAGGGACGUUGCAGUUGCAACGGCGAGUAUUUGAGAGUAUGGGAAUUCUCAACUGGGAAGUUGAUGAGUGGGACAGAAUACCCGUCACUGAGGAGUGUAGGAUUGGUUGA